AGCAAGCAAUAAACAAAUUACAAACCCUAAUCUCUUCUCUCCUCUCGGUUCGCCGAUUCCCCCUCGCCUCAAUUCUUCUUCUUCUUCCUCGUCCCAUAUUCUCAAGAUCUCGAAGACGCUCUGAGUCUUCCCUAUCCGAUACGAGUUCGUAACAUUGGUGCUUUCAUUGAGAGGAACACCAAAAAAAACCAAAAACCAAAAAAAAUCGAUUCGCUGUAGAUUUGUCGUCGCUGAAUUAUUGUUGCCGCCGAGGAAUUGCUCAAGGCACUCUCUGCCGCACCAGGUUCACUCUGAUAAAUCUUUUCUGUUCUUUGAUUUGCACAAGCAGUGCGGAAAGGUUAUUUGCUACGCAUAUCCGAUCAAACAAAAGAAGGCAGCAGACUAGAUUUUGUUUUUUGUUCGGCAAUUCCAGGGGAGAUCCACGGUAAUUUCCUGUGUGAAGAUUUACUCUGAUUGUUUUUUGUGUGCUUUGAUUUGGAGAACCAGUGGCUCACUCCUAAAAAGGAAGGUUAUUUUGCUCCUUUUUUUUUGGCCGCCUUCAUUAUUGUUCUUGAUCGAAAACAAAGGGUGUGCAGUGAAUCUACCAAACUUUGAUUAUUAUUGGCAUCAUUAAAUCUUUGUGGCAGUGAAUUAUUUGGGAGCCGGUUCUCAACACCAGGAAGUCUCAUAAUUUGGGAGGGUGGAUUAAAUUACGGAGUAUCAGAGAUUUCUUUUGGAAUUGGGUUUGGUAUUUGCCUUGCCACAACUAUGGUCUCGAUUUUGGAUAAAAUUAUUGUGACCAUGGACGAUGCUUUGAACAAACUUCUUGGAGUGUUGAAGAAUAUAUUAUAUGGAAGAGUUGAGUUUCAUGACGAAGUCUGUAUAGCUUAUGAUCAUGUGGAUGAAAUUUUGAAGACGCUCCACUUAUUUCGUUAUCUUUUAGAUCUACCGUAUUCUGAUUCUGAGGUAUAUGCGUUCAAUGUGGAAAUCUCUUGCUCGAUACAAGAUUUGGUGCGUGGUACUCCAAUGGCAUUGAGUGAUAUUCCCUUAGAGUUAAAAAGUUUCAAAAUAAAGAUGAUGAAUGCUAUAAGGAACCUACUCAGAGCUCCACUUGCUCCACCAGAUCUGACUCCUACAAUCAUUCUACACAACACCACACCUAAUGGCAUGGAAUCUGUUGAGGGCACUGUUGUUGAUUCAGUGAGCAUUCCCCAAAUUGAUGAUGAUGGUAUUUCUGUUAAAGAUGUUGUUAAUGCCUUUCCAUCAGAUCUUGUAGCUGUUGAUACACCCGUAGUUGCCCUGGGUAAUGGAGAAGUUGCAAAGGAUCCAACAUUGAGCAAUGUCAUGAUCGCAUGUAGCCUUGUGCCUUCGUCCAAAACGGCCCAAGUAGCAGAUGUAAAUUAUACGCAAGCGGAUAUCUCACUGUCCUUUGAUAUCAUCCAGUCCUCUGCCCAUGCGAAUAUAGUGGAGUCCGAGUAUUGGGUUUCACCGCCGAUAGCUAAGUUUGCACUUGCUCUUCUCUCUUAUAUCCAUUUCUAUCCUCCAAUUUGCAGGCUUCAUGAAGAUCUAUCAUCAAGUGGGCAUAAUCUUUGGGUCAACAUUUUCUCUCCAGUCUCAAAGCAUGAGUGGGAACCUCCACCUUGAGGACAAGGUGGUUUUCUAAGGGGGUGAGAGUGUUAUGGAUUAUAUAGUAGGAUAUUAGAUUAUAUAUUUAUUAGUUUAUUAUUAUUAUUAUUAUUAUUAUUAUUAUUAUUAUUAUUAUUAUUAUUAUUAUAAUUUAGGUUUUAUUAGGUGAGCGAAAUUAUAAGCUCCUUCGAGGUUUCUUUACGGUUCUUUCCCUCGUCGCUUUUAUUGAACCGUCAGGUUAGCGUUAGGGUUUCCCUAUUCCCUAUAUAUAGAGAUGUAACUCCUUUAGAAUAAGCAAGCAAUAAACAAAUUACAAACCCUAAUCUCUUCUCUCCUCUCGGUUCGCCGAUUCCCCCUCGCCUCAAUUCUUCUUCUUCUUCCUCGUCCCAUAUUCUCAAGAGCUCGAAGACGCUCUGAGUCUUCCCUAUCCGAUACGAGUUCGUAUCAGCAUACCGGCAGGAUAUUGUGGUCUUUUGUUUUUCUCGUUGAAUAAUCGCUGGGCGUGCCUUUUGUUGCGUUCGACCGACAUAGCGCCAUCUACGUCAGCCUUGACCGCCGUAGCGACCUCCGUAAAUACGCUAGAGUCUGCCGCCGGUGCACACCGUCUAUAAACUCAGUAUGGCAUAUGGUAAUUCCUUUUUGGCAAAGAACAUGAGUGCUAAGGAAUCGAAGUCACUAUUCAUGAAGAAAUCGUCCAACAAGGGUCGUUCUACAUAAUGAAGACAAUUUUUUCAAGGCAAAGAUUUAAAAAAACUGGCGUUCUGGAUGUUCGAAAAGAAUGGCGUUUGUCCUGUUCGUUGAAUUCGAUGAAGGUUCAAAAAAUGGCAUUUCCUUACUCGAUUGAUUAUUCGGCGGAUUUGAAAAGAGUGGCAUCUCCGUCGAAGAAGAAGAAAAAUUAUUUGUUGAAACGUUCAUAUGACACUUGAACAAAGAUAGUUUGAUUAU